AUUGUGUCCUGAUGGCGUCCAUGACCAGUCAGUGGCGCCUCCUUGCGGUUCUGUUGUACAUUGUCCAUCUACACACGGCCCUAACAUGCCCGGAUGUCUGCACCUGUACAUUUGGAAACGCAGUAGUCAACUGCAACGGAAAGGCGUUAGAAACUGUACCGCAGAACAUACCCACAACUGUGACAAGUCUAAUGCUGAGGGAUAAUGACAUUUCUCAGUUGUCAAACGGUUCCUUCUCCGGUUUAUCUCUUUUAUACUCGUUGAAUCUGCAGUCCAACAAGAUCAGGCAUAUCCCAAAUGGUGUUUUUGUGCCCAGUAUUCACUUCCUUUUCCUGAAGGAGAAUAAUAUUAGUGAUAUCUCCAGUGGUGCUUUUGAAAAUCUCGUCAAUCUCCGUGAAUUGUACCUUGACAACAACGCCUUAACCAACAUUCAGUACGGAACGUUUACCGGGUUGGUAGAUCUUCAAACCUUGUCUCUCAGUUUUAACGCCAUCAAUAGCGUUAGCAACGACAGUUUCACCGGUCUGACCAACCUCCGAACACUGUAUCUCCAAAACAACGACAUAACUACCAUCCCUACCGGUCCUUUCAAACGUUCGCCUAACGUAGUUCACUUGUUUCUCCACAACAAUCCACUGCGAUGUGACUGCGUGCUGUAUGAGCUAGUACAGUGGUUCAACAAAGAUGGACGGGACCUAGGGACGGUACCUUAUGAGUUAACCUGCGCUUCUAGUCCGUUUCCUGAGUUGGUGGGAUUGUCCGUAACUGACGCUGCUUCUCAGAUGACGACGUGUGUUCAAACAACAUCCCUGAAGCCGGGCACAACUAGUACACCAUCCCCUCCAACCCAGGCAAUCACCCAACCGAGCAGCAAGACCAUGACAGCAAAAUCGACAACGUCUUCCACUCUCGCCAAUCGCAAUACUACACCUACGACUACGACUACAGCCACACCCAUAGCACCACGCAAAAGUACAACCAUGAAGGCCAUGUCUGAAUUACCACCCAAAACCUCACCACCUAGCAAUGCCAGCGUAGCUAUUGACAUCCAGCGAAGCACAAUUCCUACCACAACACAUUCAGUCGUUAGAAGCACAAUCGUCAAACAAGGCAAUGUCACUGUGUCCAAGGCAGCAAUCACUGAGGCAUUGCAUAGUGUUGCAGUACGAAGCACUGUAACCUCGAAGCCUUUGCCUACUAUUGGCACUCAGACAGUCUUAAACUUGGAUGAUCGCCAGCCAGUUCUUCCAAACACAACCAGGGCGACUACCAGCAAAAGCAACACAAGUCAACGCAUAUCCUCAUCGUUGCAAGACGUAACAACCACGCCCCAUCCUAAAAUUACUAGCAUUGCGCGUACAUCAAAAUUAAAUCUCACAACAGCAGAUAAGGCAACACACAAAUACAGCACAGGUAGAGAUACCACCAUUCAAAACAGCACAAUUCUACAAAUAUCUUCAACACCUUCCAAAACAGAGACCUCAACUCAGUCUUAUUUGACAACCAAAAAUUUGGCAACGACAAAACGUAACACUACAGCCGGCCGGGUAACAACCAAAGGUACCACAGAGCAAGACUCUACCAUGCAAAACAGCACAAUUUUACAAGUAACAUCAACACUACAAGAGGCAACGACCAAGACAACCCCCUUUGUGACAAGUAGAGCGGGCACAUCAACACAAAACACUACAACAGCUCAGAAGACAAACCUAAACACCACAGAUACUUCUUUGGUUUUACCGCCAAAAGAGAGGACCAUCCCUGUCACCGAACAUCUUAUUGGAAUCCAAGACGUCACCGUCGGCGAGACCGUUACUAUCAGAUGUGACGCCGCGAGUCCUUCGAAAAACGUCACGUAUAGGUGGUCAGUAGACGGCAAGCAAGAUCCCGACUACCGAGGACAAAUUCUAAGCUACAUCCCCCAGAGGAAUGGUUCUCACCGGAUCCAGUGUACAGCUCACACCGAUGAAGGGGACGGCGUCUCAGACAUCAUUACACUGUUUGUCAAACCGGCAGUAGAGGCCCAAACCAUGGUCAGCCUGAAUGAAACAACAACAACCACAACCAAUACCGUGAGCAUCUCACAAAGUUCUACCGCGAAAACAACACCGAAAAGUACUACCAAUCAAACAACACCAUUUCAGUCAACCAAAGUGCCCACGAGCCAAGCACAUUCAACUUCCAGGCAGGUUUCUACGUCAAAAACUACAGAGAACACAACUACUUCAACUACUACUACUACUGCUGCUGCUGCAGUUCAAAAUACGACUGUUGGCAUAAAUGUGACCCUUCCCAAACCAGACAUACUGAUAGAGGAUGCAGGGGAAGGCUCGACAGUACCCGGGAACGGCUCUAACCCAGACCGGCCGCCCGUUAUCCGAGUAACCGAACACAUCAUCGGGAUCCAAGACAUCACAGUGGGAGAGACAGUUACAGUAAGGUGUGAUACAGAGGGUCUGCCGACGGUUUGUGUCAAGUACAGAUGGACAGUGGAUGGAGAGGUGGUUGAUGGGCAGAACGGACAAACUCUGAGAUAUACACCACAGACGGACGGACCCCACAAGAUUCAGUGCACGGCAAUCAGCAACGGUAUAGACGGCAUAUCAGACGCCAUCACAGUGUUUGCCAUGCCAAAAGGUAAGAAGCUAGACGUGAUUACAAGGUGUGAAAAAGACCCUCAUUCCGGAGUCAGUUGGGACAAUAUAGUGAAGAGCUGCGAUCUUCACAUGCACGAACUGGCAGAGAUUCCCGUAACUUCCGCAAAUGCCCCGGAUGUCGCUGGAAAGCUUCGCAACAUAACGUCUUCGAACAACAACUUGACAGUUGACGACUUGGGGGAUGUCAGGAUGGUUUUCGAAAAUGUUGCAAACGCCAGCUCACAACCAGAUGUUGGUUACUCACUUCUGGAAACCGUGGACCUGAUAAUGGACGCUGAUGAUGAUGUACUUCAGAACAGCCAGAAACUAGAUGGUUCCCCAUCAAAAAUUGUCAAGGCAAUGGAAGAGAAUAAUGAUCAGAUUGACCUCACAAAUGGCAAGUUCAGUCACCUGGGGAAAAACUUUGGAGUGGAAAUUUUCCAGAUGACAUCAUCCGAGUUGUUAGGCGGGGUCGUAUUUGCACUUCUGGAUGACGGCACUGAUACCCUAAACAACGAGACAGUCCGGACCUACAUUGGCGAGGAAAGUGCUUCGAUGCCUACCAAGGACGUGGUUGCUUCUAUUGCCUUACCCGAUCAACUUGAGCCGACCAGUGACGAUGUCCGUCUGAGUUUCACCAUCUUCCAGAAUAGUAGGUUGUUCCCGUACGACCAGACGGUGGAUGUAGAAAGAGGGUUCCACCCACAGACCGUCAACAGUAAAGUCAUCGCCGGCAGAAUUAGUGGACUCCAGACCAAAAAUCUGUCCAAGCCUGUCAUCCUCAAGUACCUCCCGGUCGACAGGCGCAACAUGACUAAUAUGACCUGUGUCUUCUGGGACUUCGCUGCCAACCAUGGAGGCGGUGCCUGGUCAACAGAUGGAUGUUCAUAUGGAGGAAUGGACAAAGGGAGAGUCGUGUGUGAAUGUGAUCAUCUCACUAACUUCGCAGUCUUAAUGCAACACACUAUUCACAAAAACGAAUUUGCCGGCCUGGUCGCCGUAAGUAAGGUACUCUGUGGUCUGAUGGUCAUUGGACUAGCCAUCACUUUGAUCACACAUGUGAUAUUCGAUGAGUUACGUCAGCACAGGUCACAAAUCAUCCUGAUGAACAUCUGCCUCGCCCUCCUGGCAACUCUGGUGGGUUUCCUCCUGGGGAUCGGCUGGACGGAGAACGACUCCAGCUGCAGGGCCGUCACGUUCUUCCUGCACUACUUCCUGCUGGCCUUCUUCGUGUGGACCGCUAUCGAGGCGUACAACAUGUAUCUGGCCUUCGAGAAGACCAUCGCCGACACCAUGAAACGGUUCAUCAUCAAAUCUGCACUAGCUGGAUGGGGUGAGUAUUAA